AAGCAAACACAGUAGUUAACACUGAAGUUCAAGUCAUAUCCAUAGGUAUCACGCAAGGGAGAAAUGACCGGUGAAGACGAGCUGAAGCUGCUGGGUACAUGGGCGAGCCCCUGGGUUUCCAGGGUGAAAUUCGCGCUGCACCUCAAGGGCUUGAGCUACGAGUACGUGGAGCAGGACCUCGACAACAAGAGCGACCUGCUCCUCGCCUCCAACCCGGUGCACAAGAAGGUGCCGGUACUCAUCCACAACGGCAAGCCAAUCUGUGAGUCCGUCGUCAUCCUAGAGUACAUCGACGAUGCCUAUGGUACCGUAGGCCCCUCCUUCCUGCCCGUUGACCCAUACGAGCGUGCCAUUGCUCGGUUCUGGGUAGACUACAUUGACCAGAAGCUAGUCAUACCGUGGAAAGUGGCGUUCACGGCCGACGGAGAGGAGGAGAAGACCGAGGGGAUAAAGCAGAUGUUGGCGGCGGUGCACACGCUGGAGGGGGCUCUCAAGGAAUGCUCCAAGGGGAAGCCCUUCUUUGGCGGUGAUAGCGUUGGAUACAUGGACAUUGCACUGGGCGGUCUCUUGGCAUUUUUGCAGGGAACUGAAGAGUUAUGUGGUAGCAAACCCUUUGACAUCGCCAGCACCCCACUUCUGCUGGCGUGGGUGGAGCGUUUCACCGCGCUGGAUGCCGCCAAGGUGGCCCUGCCAGAUGCCAGCAAGUUGGUUGAGUUAGCCAAGAUGAAGCGGGCUCAGAUGGCUUUGUCUAUCAAGAAGUGAACUAAUCUGUCACCUGAAUGGUUUAGAUCGGAGAAUAUUUAUUAAGUUAUGUUUUCUAAAAUACAUGUGCUAGUAUAGUUGUGUAUUAUCUCCCGUUGGUGUCCCUGUCAAACAUGUCAUGCAUGGAAUAUUGUACUGAAUAAGGAAGAUUGAAUGAUCUUUUGUUAUAAUAUCUUCUUUCUUGUUGAGACUA